AAGCUUUGGUCUGAAUUAGACUGUGUUUUUAGACUCAUUUGUUUCACCACAAUUUUUGUAACGUUGUUUACCAUCCUUGUGCGCCUCUAGUUUGAGAGGCAAUGCGAUUUUGAAGGCGGAACACGUUUAGUUCCACUCGGCAGAGUGCACGAACACUGGCGCACCAAUAGCAUCCCUAUGUCAGUCAAUAGUCUGCAAAGUGACGCGACCAGAAGGGGAGGGUGCUUUCUCUCAAGCCUAUCUCAGUUUUGAGCUUUCUCAAGCUGCAGGGAGCCGAAUGGCGCACUAAUUUAAGAGGUAACGUUUAGAGAUCUCCUUUAUGAUUUCGUGGAAUUUACUAAUUUCCUGAAAACUUUUUGCGGGACGAGACGACUUGUGCACGGUGUAGGAAAGGGAGGACCUUUCCUUGCAGCUCGUGACAGCACAACACCGGGAUACAAACUUUGCGCUUUGUGAAGAAAACGUCUAGAUUGACUCGGCCACUAACUAACAGGUCCUGAGUCACUAGGACGGCGCCUCCUUGCUGGUAACAGUUGGAAUAUUUAAAGAUGUUGGACGGUAUAAAAAUCGAAGACCAUCCGCUGCGGUCGGGACAGGCUACACUUGGAGUUAUGCUGGGGACGGAGUGCCAUCAUCAGGCGGUGUGUGAGGGGUGCCAGCGGCCGAUAUCCGACCGCUUUCUGAUGCGCGUCAACGAGUCUUCAUGGCAUGAGGAGUGUUUGCAAUGCGCCGUGUGUCAACAACCGCUCACCACCAGCUGCUACUUCCGGGAGAGGAAACUUUACUGCAAACACGACUACCAACAGUUAUUUGCGACCAAAUGCAGCGGGUGCCUGGAGAAAAUUGCCCCCACGGAGUUUGUGAUGCGGGCACUCGAGUGCGUGUACCACCUCAACUGUUUCUGCUGCUGUGUGUGCGACCGACAGCUUAGGAAAGGGGAUGAAUUUGUACUGAAGGAUGCUGUUGUUUUUUUCCAUCAUGAAAGUAGUACAAAUAUUUGA